CCCUUUACAACCAUCGCAGUUACAGAUAGGUGAUGAUGAAGCCCUAUCAAAAUCCUUUUUCAAUUUUUCUGAGCCGACUGUAAUCUUCUUCCAUGCUUUCUUCGAGUCAUCUCAGGCCACCCCAGCAUCUAUAAUCAAAACUGCGUACCUCCAAAGAGGGGACCACAACAUUAUUUUGCUGAAUGCUCCUCGCCUGGAAGCAGGUCCUUGGUAUUACACCGCUUCUAGAAAUACGAUGGUUGUUGGACAGUACGCAGCCAGAUUCAUCGACUAUUUGGUGUCCAGAGGUCUCUAUUUACCAAGCCUACAUCUAACGGGAUUGAGUCUGGGUGCCCAAAUGGCUGGAGUGUGCGGACAGAGUAUCAAAAGUGGGAGGAUACAAAGGAUUACAGGAAUGGACCCGGCUGGACCGUUAUUCAAAAAAUGGCCAAAGAGUCACAAACUGGACGCCGGUGACGCAGAAUUCGUAGACGUCAUCCACACAGAUGCUGGUAUAUUUGGAUAUCCCCGACAGAUCGGCCAUGUUGAUUUCUGGCCGAACCAAGGAAUCUCCCCUCAACCCGGAUGCACAUUAUCUGAGGUGAAGAUGAGGAGUCCGGAGUCCAUCCUUGAACCACUGUUCUGCAGCCACUGGAGAUCGUACCAGUUCUACGCAGAAUCCGUUGUGAACUCAGAAGCAUUCGCAGGAGCAGUUUCCUGUGAUAGUUGGCAAGAUUACAUCAACGGAUUAUGUCCUACAGAUGUUCGACCAUCGACGAGGAUGGGUCUCUAUGUGGAUUGGGAGGCCAGAGGAAACCAUUUUCUUCGGACCAACAGAGAAUCGCCAUUUUCUAUGACGUAGGAAGUUUCAUAUUCGAAGAAGAAAUAUAGUCAUCAAAAGACAGUCUUUCUGUAGUCAAUUAAUUUACCUCUUAUACUAAUUCGGAGUUGACAUAUUACUUUUAAUUUAUUAGUAAAAACGCUUUGAAUACAAAGGGUUUUCACUAAUUUUUUUUUAAAUAUUCGGCCAUGUGAACUGUACUAUUAUAAACUCAGGUACUCUUCGCUGGAUGCUGUAUUAUAUAUUUUCUUCAUAUUGUUUCUGUAGGCACAAAUUUGCAUCUCAACUGUUAUAUAAAAUCAACCUGUCAGAAGCAUAUGAAUGU